AUGAGGUCGCCUAGGAAUGUAAAAGAGGUGCAAUGCCUUACAGGCCGGGUUGCCGCCCUAAACCGGUUCAUCUCAAAAUUCGAGGAUAAAUGUAGAGAAUUUUUUGCAGCCAUAAAAAAGGGACAAAAAUUUGAAUGGACGACAGAAUGCGAGGCUGCUUUCCUGAAGCUGAAGGAACAGCUUGGAAGCCCGCCAUUGUUGGCAAAACCAACGGAGGGUGAAGCCUUGAUCCUUUACCUAGGGGUUUCCGAAUUCUCAAUUAGCGCUGUCCUGAUCAAGGAGGAAGAGCAAGCCCAACAGCCAGUGUACUAUGUGAGCAAGAGAUUACUUGAUGCUGAAACCCGCUACUCAAAUAUGGAGAAGCUAGCCUACGCACUAAUUUUGGCUUCCCGCAAACUAAGGCCUUACUUUCAGGCUCACCAGAUUGAAGUACGAACAUCCUUCCCUCUCAGACAGGUCUUGCACAAGCCGGAAGCCUCCGGAAGGAUCAUGAAAUGGGCAGUCGAGCUAGGCCAGUUUGACAUAGAGUACAAGCCAAGGACAGCCAUCAAGGGGCAGGCACUAGCUGACUUCAUCUUAGAGUUUCCACCUACUUUCGAAGUUGAAGGGAUGGAAUGCAUACCUAAACCUCAGUCUCCAAUAGCCACACCCGAGAAUUGUUCCCCUUGGUGGAACUUGUACGUCGAUGGGGCUGUAAAUGGAAAUGGGGCCGGGGCUGAUCUGAUUGGUGAAUUACCAAAAGGGAAAGGAGGGGUGAAAUAUGCAGUCGUGGCUGUAGAUUACUUUACUAAGUGGGCUGAAGCUGAACCCCUGGCUUCCAUUACUGCAAGGAAAUUGGUAGACUUCGUUUAUCGUGCGAUCGUCUGCCGAUACGGGGUUCCCUACAAGCUCAUAUCAGACAAUGGGAAACAGUUUGACAGCAAUGAAAUGAUGAACUUCUUUGAAAACCUUGGCAUAAAGAAAGGCUUCUCCGCGGUGUGCCACCCUCAGAGCAACGGUCAAACGGAGGCCGUAAACAAAAUUAUUAAGCACACCCUGAAGGCCAAACUGGAAGAGAAAAAGGGAUGCUGGCCAGAAGAACUCCCCAUGGUGUUGUGGUCUUACAAUACCACUCCAAGCUUUCAUGGUUUUGGGCUUACAGUAGCCCUUCAAGGUUUAAAGCCUAUUGAGGCUUUCAAGGCCGAAGGCUUAUCGAGGCUUUCGAGUUUAAAGCCUAUCCAGGCUCACAAGGCUUACUUGGUGGAGUUAUUACAAGGCUAA